AUGCCCCGAGCCUUCCUGGUAAAGAAGGCCAACGUUUCCCCGGGCAAGCGGAACUGGAGCGAGCUCCCGGACCACGAGCGAGGGGAUGUCUACAUCCCAGUCUCAAUCUUCCCGCCGUCCGUCCUGGCGAAUGAGGACGAAGCGAGUCCAGCUGAGGUGGCGCCACUCUGCCUAGCCAAGCAGACGCUAGCCGAACGCCACGCGCACGCAGAGUUGCCGUCCUGUACAGCGCUAGGCCGACCGCACAGUCCGCCGGCCGCUUCGGACGAUAGGUCGGAAGUCUGGAAGAGGUCGCAGAGUGACCUGGUGUUUGUCCGCUCCAAAAUAAAGGUGACCACAGGCGAAUUGCUGUCCAGCCAAGAUUUUGCACCCUCGGCAUCCGUCACUCCACCACACGCCACCGAGACACCGGUCGCCGUGACGACAACCCCGCCGCCCUCUGGGUUUCCUUACUCGGCCGUCCGGCCGGCGGGUCAGACCUCCAACAACGGGACUGUGCCGCCUUACGCUUGUCAAAUUUGCCACAAGACCUUCCAGUACCAGCGCAUGUUGAACAGACAUAUGAAAUGUCACAAUGAAACCAAGCGACAUCUCUGCAGCUUCUGCGGCAAAGGAUUCAACGACACAUUUGACCUCAAGAGACACGUGCGCACUCAUACGGGUGUCCGUCCGUACAAGUGCGACCUGUGCGACAAGGCGUUUACGCAGCGCUGCUCGCUGGAGUCCCACAUGAAGAAGAUCCACAACGUCACGCUGCAGUACGCCUACAAGGAACGACGCAACAAGCUGUACGUGUGCGAGGAGUGCGGCCACACGGCAGCCACCCAGGACGAGCUUCUGCUGCACAUCCACUCCUUGCACCCCGACAGCGCCCUCUUGAAGGGCAAGGGGGUGCGACGAGGCAACGGGGUCGGAGAGGGCGAGUCCACGCCGGGCUCCCCGCAAGGGGCCGAUAGUGACGACACCACGGGAUCGGCGGGCCAGUGA